UGUCCAUUCCAUUUUAAAACUGCAUUACAAAAAGAAAGAAAAAUGGCCUUCUUGAGGCUGGGUUCUAAGUCUGAAGCAUUUCACCGUGAAGGUCACUCUUGGAUCUGCACAUCUGGACUUCCAAGUGAUGUUAGCAUUAACAUUGGAGAAAUGUCUUUCCAUCUCCACAAGUUUCCAUUGCUUUCAAGAAGUGGGCUACUAUCAAAGCUUAUUGAAGAGUCUUCCAGUGGUGAUGGAUCAAGUUUUAGUUUAAGACUUAAUGAUAUACCUGGUGGAGCCAAAGCCUUUGAACUUAUAUCCAAAUUUUGCUAUGGUGUAAAAAUAGAGCUCACCGCACUAAAUGUAGUCAGUAUUAGAUGUGCUGCAGAGUAUUUGCAAAUGACUGAUGAUUAUGGAGAUGGAAAUCUUGUAAUGCAAACAGAGUCUUUCCUUAAUGAGGUACUCGGAAAUUGGGCAGAUUCAAUUAGAGCUCUUGAAACAUGUGAAGAAGUUCUUCCGUAUGCUGAAGAGCUUCACAUUGUCUCAAGGUGCAUCGAUUCCUUGGCAAUGAAGGCUUGUGCAGACCCAAGCUUAUUCAACUGGCCUUUACCAGGACGGGUUACCAAGCGAAGUCCAGAAAAUAUAGGCUUAUGGAAUGGGAUAUCAACUGCAACCAAGACACAACCUACAGGUGAGGAUUGGUGGUACGAAGAUGUAUCAUUCCUUAGUUUACCACUAUAUAAAAGACUGAUUUUAGCUAUUGAAUCAAGAGGCAUGAGGCCUGAGAAUAUUGCUGCAUCUGUGGUACACUAUGCUAGGAGGUAUCUCCCCUUGAUGAAUAGGCAAUCAAGCUUCAAUGAUGCAAACCAUGUUAACCCUGGGACAAAUAUUUCCAACCCUUCUGAAGCAGAUCAAAGGGCUCUCCUGGAAGAGAUUGUAGGGUUACUUCCUAAUAAGAAGGGAGUCACAUCCUCCAAGUUUCUGAUUAAACUGCUUCGUACUGCUAUGGUAUUGCAUGCAAGUCCAUCAUGCAAAGAAAAUUUGGAGAAGAGGGUGGGAGCCCAGUUAGAUCAAGCUUUACUUGUGGACUUGCUCAUACCAAAUAUGGGUUACUCAGAGACACUUUAUGAUAUAGAUUGUGUUCAGAGAAUUCUUGAUCAUUUCAUGCUAGUAGAGCAAGCUGCAGCUAUAACAACUCCUCCUUGCAUAGUUGAAGAGGCACAGUUAAUGAAUGGAUCUGAUUCAUUGACACCCAUGACAAUGGUGGCCACUCUGAUGGACGGAUUUUUGGCAGAAGUGGCACCAGAUGUUAAUUUCAAGCUUCCCAAGUUUGAGGCUCUUGCUGCUACCAUCCCUGAUUAUGCAAGACCACUUGAUGAUGGCCUUUAUCAUGCAAUUGAUGUGUACUUGAAGGCACAUCCUUGGAUUACAGAUCUUGAGAGAGAGCAACUCUGCAGACUCAUGAACUGUCAAAAGCUCUCAUUGGAAGCCAGCACACAUGCAGCCCAAAAUGAGAGGCUGCCUCUUCGAGUAAUCGUCCAAGUCCUCUUCUUUGAGCAACUACGACUACGUACAUCAAUUUCUAGCUGGUUCUUUGUCUCUGACAAUCUCGAAAACUCACAAAAUCCUGAUGGAAACAUUGGACUCCUAAAAAAUGAUGGCUCUUAUACUAUGAACUCUGCACAAGAUUGUGCUACAGGUGGUCAAGAUGAUGUGAAGCAUCGAGUUUCUGAGCUUGAAAAGGAGUGUUUGAGUAUGAAAGAGGAGCUGCAGAAACUGGUGAAGACAAAGAGAAGUUGGAGGAAUUUCACCAGAAGGUUAGGUUUCAAUAAGAAGUCACAUUCUUGCUGUCCAAAGGGAUCAAAGCCUACCAAUCUAAGAGCACCCCCAUCAUCCAUGAACAGACAACAAAACUAUGAAAAUAUUGAGGUGGUUCCUGGAAGUUUGAAGGUCAAUUAAAAGGAAACUAAUUUUUCUUUGCAUUUUUAUCAUGUUACCUUUUGAUGUUGAAUGCAACAAGAAUUUGAUUCUAUUGUCUGUGGAUUAAAUAACAGGUUCUUUUAGGUAUUAUUUAACAAAUUAGAUUGUAAUUCGAUUUAUUUAUUAAGCUUG